GCAGCUCGGAUAACAACCGCGGUUCAAGGCUAUCAUCCUACAUCAAAACUAUUUGGGGAGUGUUGUUUGCAGCAAGAAGAUGCAGUGAUCGAGUAGGAACGCAAAGAGCGAUGGUCUUGAGAAAUACCCCUGGCGAGAAACUUGUGACGAAACUUGUGACGAGAUGGUACAGAAACGAAGCCAAAUUCACAGUCCAGCCAUUAGUGUAUUCAAGGUUUGAUAAUGACCUUGUCCUUUCGUCCAUUCCUGUUUCACGCUCCUAUGUCCACAGCAACAUGGCCGGCUUCGUCAGUCUUCUAAAAGUCUGCAAGAGCGGGAACCCACAACUCGCCAUUGUCUGUGCAUCUUCAAGCUCCGUCUACGUCUUGAACUCCAAAGUUCCCUUUUCUGAAUCGGACCGAACAGAUCUGCCGAUGAGCUUCUAUGCCGCCACCAAGAAAGCUGGUUAGGCAAUCGCCCAACCCAUCGUCUCAACUCUCAUAUCCCUCACGGCCUCACCUGGACUUUAUUCUAAGGCCCAUUAGGUUCCUCUUGCGUAGUUUCUAACUUCCUAUUUUUUUAAUGUUAUUGACUACAUUACAACACAUUAUACGGAGUAAUUUUAUCUCAGAUUUUAUAUAGCCUUCUACUCUCAUGUAUCACCUCUUGACAGGUAACUCCUAAAGAUGAUCUUAGGCUCAAUCUCCGCCUAAAAUAUACUAAGAAAUCUCCACAUGGUGCAGUAUUUGUUAAACAAAACCUCCUAAUGGUUCUUGACGGGCUAGCAGCUCGGAUAACAACCGCGGUUCAAGGCUAUCAUCCUACAUCAAAACUAUUUGGGGAGUGUUUUUUGCAG